UGUUUUUAUAUACCCAGUUUGAGUAUUGAAUGGUUCUGCACUUGAUUUCAAGCUUGUUUUUACUUGGAAGUCAAGUGUUUUGAACUCGCCAAUCAUUUUAUCGUGUUGGCCUCGAGGACCAGAGGAACUAACCUUCUUAAGUUUUAAAGUCAGGUUUGCAUUUUAAAAUUAGCUAUUUCUUACAUGAUUUCAUUGACUGUACACAGUUCAAGGCUUCUGAGAUGAAGUCCUGGUGUGAGUCCUGAUAAAAUAUAUAGUAAGAACAUUGAAUAAUUUGGGAUUCAUAGUGUCAGUUGGGCCAAUGUUUCGGAGCAGUAGAACUGACCCAUCCCAUGACCUUGAGGCAACCGUGUUCAGCAUGGACAAGAAGGAGCGCUCACAGAAGAAGAAGCGACCAACAUCCCAGUGUAUCACUUUUGGGGAGGAUGAUGAUUUCAUAGGUUUUGCCACACUCCCUGAACAACUUCACAGGAAAGCCGUUAAGAGAGGGUUUGACUUUACACUCAUGGUUGUUGGUGAAUCAGGCUUGGGCAAGUCAACUCUCAUCAACAGUUUAUUCCUCAAGGAUCUCUACAGUGACCGGAUCAUUCUGAAUGCUGAACAAAAAAUCAACCAGACUGUCGAAAUGAAAAAAAGUACAUUAGAAAUCGAAGAGAAGGGUGUUAAGCUGCGUCUGACUAUUGUUGACACACCGGGCUUCAAUGAGGCACUCAACUCAGAUGAAUGCUGGAAGCCAAUAGAGGACUACAUUGACAACCAGUUUGACCAAUAUUUCAAAGAUGAAAGCGGGCUCAAUCGAAAGAACAUACAAGACAACAGAGUACACUGUUGCCUCUAUUUUAUACCACCAUAUGGACGAGGGUUACGUCAAGUGGACAUUGCAUUUUUGCAGCAUCUUCAUCAGAAAGUCAACAUUGUUCCCAUCAUAGCCAAGGCAGACACAUUACUACCGCAUGAAAUCAGGAAGCUCAAAGAAACGGUAAUGGACCAGAUUGACCGGCAUAAGAUCAAGAUUUAUGAGUUUCCGGACUGUGAUAGUGAUGAAGAUGAUGAAUUUAAGAAACAAGAUGCUGAGCUCAAGCAUUCCAUUCCAUUUGCCGUUAUCGGCAGUAACUCAGUCGUUGAAGUGAAUGGUAAACGAGUACGUGGGCGAGUAUAUCCAUGGGGCAUUGUGGAAGUGGACAACCCAAAGCACUCAGACUUUCAAAAACUGCGACAGUUCCUUGUCAGCACACACAUGCAAGAUCUGAAGGAUGUGACCAGGGACGCUCACUAUGAAAGUUUUAGGGCCAGACAUAUUACGGAACAGAUGUCCAAACAAAUGCAGAAGGAAAGGACGAAAUUAAAGCGGGAUUCGCAGCCAAGUUUUGAAUCAUUAACAGACACAGAUGCUUUAUUAGCACAGAAGGAUGAUGAGAUCCGACGUAUGCAGGAGAUGCUUGCCAAAAUGCAGGAGCGGGUAAAUGUGCAAGUACAGAAUGGCUUGGGCAAAUUGUAAAUAAAACCUUCCAUAAACCAUACAAAAGACUUCAGGUGGCAUGGCAGCAAAUGCCUCAUGAACAGCAUUUCAUUUUCUACUCAUUACAAUUAUGACAGGAGUCAUAUCAUCAGUUUAUCAUCUGUCAAGUGUACAAUCUCAAAUGUAAAAUUAAUUGCAUUUUGAAUGAAUAUAGUGUCUUAAAGGGAAACUAUAGCCAGGAGCCAGGUGAGCCAGAUUGUCCUCAUUGUACUUUGGCAUUGGUUACUCUUGAACAAGGAAUAUUUCAUCACCAAGUCAAAGCAAACCCUGUCCGAGUUCCUAAACUGUGGGCAUCGGGUCAGCGAAAACCACAACUUGGACCGCCAGCUCCUACCUAUGAUCUCCAAAUAAUUGUUGCAUCAAGGACCAUCUGGAAACACUGAUGCCAAGAAGUUGUUAAAGGGAACUGAAACCGCCCAGCCAGUUCGUAUGACCUCGUUUUCAUUUCCCGCGUAUCGGGUGAUCAGAACGAGGCAUGAAUGAAACAUGGCGCCUAGCUGUCAAUCAUUGAGUGACGUUACUACUAUGGAAGUUACUACGAAAACUCAUGAAUGAAAGAUCGCAUGACUCACGUGAUUCUCACAUGAUUCUCAAUAAUAACAAAUUGAACUGCGCAUGCUCGGGCACUGGGGGCGGAGCUACAAAUCUGAACUCAAACAGGAUGUUGGAAGUUUGACUUUCUCGGGCGGUGAAAGUCGAAAAGUUGAAUAAAUCACUCAGCAGUUCCAGUUCCCUUUAAGUUCAAUAUUUUUUGGUAUCAGUGCAGGAGUGAUGGCCCCUUAUUUAUACCACCAAGUUUUAUUUGAAAGUGGAUCACAUUUUGUAACUCAGGAAUUUAUAACCUGUUGUCUCAAGUCAUUGUAUCAUGUGUUGGUUUUCUUAUCAUUUGGAAUAUUUGUUCCCAUUUCAUGUGGCAAAAAAUAUGCUAAAGAUUGAAGGAAUGUCUUAGGAGUUGGCAGAUUCCUUUCUCAAACAGCUAGUUUCUGCAUGUGACCAGCACUUCCUCCAUGUCAAGUUCGAAUAAGAAUGUAGCUGCUCCUUGUAUAGUAUCAAAAAUUGCUUUGAGCAAUGUGAUGGAAAGGCACUCAAGAGGUAUGGAGUGUAUCAGUCUUAUUGACUUUGAUUGAAAUGAAAACACUUUGAUACAGAUAAGUGUAGGGUUAUGGCUGCAUUGCAAAAUUUGGAAUAUGAGUACAUUAUAUACUGGGAUGUAAACACAUGCUGUGAGUUUUGACAGAUGGUGUUGAUAUCAAAUCCAUGAGUUUAAAAAUAUUCAUUGAUUAAAUUCUUUCAAAAUCAAUCUUAGUCUGGCUUAAGUAUUGAAGCGGUCAAUGCCACCUCAGCUGCUCUGCCUUGAGGACAGUUCUAAUUGGUUGCAUCAGAAAGUUUACUGAAACAUUCUACAACUACUUGUGUACCUUUUUAUAGAGAAGUAUCAGUGGUGCUGUCUAUACAGAACAUUGAAACAUCAUCAGUUGUAAUAUGUUUGAUGCUGAUAGGGCUGGAGAAAUGUAGACAAAUGUAGACAAACUACCGGUACAUAUAUUUUGAUGUAUAUCUGCAGCAACCCUUCUGGGCAACUAUUAUUGAUAUAAGUGCUGGCCUGACAUCUGAUAUACUCCCCCUUUAAAUAAGCUCUGGUUAUUCAAUUAAGAUAAGACUUCUUUUGGGGAAAAUGUGCAAUAAUCGCUGUUACGUGGUUUUGCAAGCUUGCAUGGUGCGAAGUAGUGUGUGUUAUGUUGUGAAGGUUUUAACAGUCGAUACUGUACUUAACCCUUUUGCUGUGGAAGCCAUAUUUUGCCGGUGCCAGCCCAUGCGGCUGCUGAGCAUUGGACAGCAGUGCUGUAUACUGCUAUCUUUAUCUGAAUGUUUCAUCUGUCAAAAUGUUUCCCCAAGUGCUGGCAUGUCUAGUGUGGCUGCUGCCAAGUGCUAAGGAAUCAAAAUUUCAGUUGGUGCUGAAACUUUCACCUGCACGUCAUCUGCACGCCAUGGGGAUAUGUGCAUGAUAUACUGUGCACUGCACCCGCAGUCAAAGGGUUAAAUACCAAAACCUGCUUGUGCUAUGUUGUGCAUGUUCACCAACUUCUAGUUUUGUUAUAAUCUUUGUGUUGUUGUUUAACGACGGAAAGAACCAUCAAAUAUAUCAAUCAUUGUACAUGUAUAUGGCCAUAUUAUGUGUAUUGUAAGAUAGAUCGAUUUUUAUGAAAUAUUACAUUACAGUACGAAUGUGUGUUCUAUUCUACAUAUGUAUCCUCAUUGUAAUUUAUUUUGUUAAUUUGGGCUUUACAAUUCAAUGAAGGAUAUAGCCUUGUUCUUUAUCAUUUUAUUACUCUUGAGCCAAGUAUUUUUUGCAAGUUGUGCGAAUAGGUCCAUGUCAAAGUAUCUAUCACAAAUAGUAAUAAUCAAAUCAUCUUUCCUUCUCAGAAAUUGACUCAAUAGAAAUUAAAAAAGAUAAAUUUGUAAAUCGAUCAGUCCCCAUGCAAUUUGCAGUGGGGUUUGAUGGUUAGUAGCUACAUUGUAUAUUGGUUGCCAUAUAAUUGGUUCAAGGUGGAUAGGUCACCAGGAUUCUGGUGUUUUUAUAGCCUGUGAUCUGCUCCAAGAAUCUUGGAGAAUUAGGUGAAACGAAAUGGUGGCCUUGUUGGCUGUUGCAAAAUGACGUGACAUGAUCAAUAAAACAGUCACAAUUCUUUUUUCGGGACUGUGCAGGUUGUCUGAGAAAUCAGUGAAGGGUUUUGCUUGAGGGGUUAUAUUCUAGUCAUGUUUUAUGUAUGUUUUGCCAGCCUAGUCAUCUGGAUGGAGCAGUAGAUUCAAUUUAGCCUACUUGAUCUUUACUCUGCCUUAGCGCUUUUUCCUGAUUUCAUUCACUGUUAUAAUUUCUUAUUAAAUUUAUUUUGAACCUGAUUUAGAACAUCUGGAAGAAGAAAUGAUAGUCCAUUUUCCAAGGAUUCAAUCUUCAACUUUCGUGUAGAGUCAAACAAACUACAAAUUGCCCAGAAUCAAGCCAUGAUAAGGAUUUUUCAUGUUGCUCAUCAGCCAAUGCGGUGUUGGAUGGUUUGCAUGUGUGAUAUAAUGGACAGUCAAAUUAUGAUCCUAUUUGGGCUUCUGAUUGUGAAGUUGUCCUCAUAAGACCAAUUUCAGAAUCAUUUCCAACCAAUACAGCAUGACGACCGGUGAACUGCAUAUUUACACACUUGAUCAAAGUGUGGAGAACAUCUCUUUGGAUAUCUGUAUAUAUAUAUAUUGAAGUAAUUUUUAUCAAGGUCAUCUUUUGCUAAGGAUUAUCCCUGAAUUUUACAUUAGUGAAGUUGAUUGUCUGUCAAUGUAGUUAUUGUAUUUAGUUCUGUUGUUCUAUAGGAGAACUGUAGUGAUGUGUUCAAUAUCUUUUAUCUUAUUUGAGGGCUAAAUUCUGCUUUUAACAAAAGCUGCUCUCCCCAAAUUAAAAAAAAUAAGGCCACAAAUUAAAACUUUGGGUCUCUAUAACUAAAAAUGAACUGCAUGCCAGACAGUUUCAUCUUCCAUCCUUUUCUCUGGCAUGUCUACUUCUAAUAUCCUUACGCAUCUUCAAAUGUAAUUAUACCUCAGUUAUUUAUUUCAAAUAAACUGACAUGACAGUGUACAAUAUCCAUGA